AUGUUCAAGUUACUUGCAGUUCUCUCGCUGCUCUUCUUGAGUUUUGCAAUGGCAUGGGCGCAGCCAGCCAAUUUGACUAGCCUGAGCUUCCAGCUUGUCGCCCUUAGUCGUGUACCUGAUGGGGACGCGGGCAAUGGCUCUUCCUACAACGCCAAGGACCUGCGUCCGUUGGCCUUGACGCCGUCCGACUAUGUGCAUGGCGUGUUCGUGUCGAUCGGCACCGGACAAGGCGGCAGGCGGAAGGUCCUUGCGCUCGACACCGCCGCCAGCACGUCAUGGGUGAUGUGUGAGCCGUGUCGUCCACCGCUGCAUCAAGUCGGCAGACUCUUCUCGCCCGCCGCGUCACCCACGUUUCGUGGUGUCCGCAGGGAUGACCCUGUUUGCGUCCCACCUUACCGCCGCAUCCACUCGGCCAACAGGUGCUCCUUUGCCUUCCCUUCCGCCACCGGGUACCUCGCACGCGACACCUUCCACCUGCGUCAUAGCGGGCGAAGUGCUGUGAAGUCUAUUUCCGGUGUGGCGUUUGGUUGCGCGCACACCACCACUGGGUUCUACAACGAGGACAUCCUCGGCGGGGUGCUCUCCCUCAGCACCUCACCACUCUCGUUCCUGACGCAGUUUGGUUCGCGCGCCGGCGGGAGGUUCUCCUAUUGCCUCCCCGAUCCCACCACCUCGCGCAACCCCAGCGGCUUCAUCCAAUUUGGCAUAGAAGUCCCAAGCCUGCCACGGGAUGCCCACACGACCGCCCUCACCACGAGUGCCUCGGGCUACCACCUCAGCCUCAUCGGCAUCAGCCUAGGGAACAAGCGCCUUGACAUCGACAGACAUGUCUUCACCAGGCACGGCUGCAGCAUCAACCCCGCUGAGACCAUCACCAAGAUCGUGGAGCCAGCGUACCUCGUCGUGGCGAGAGAGCUGGUGGCGCAGAUGAAUGAGCUCGGAUCAAAGCAGGUGAAAGGGCCUCCCGGCGGCCCGCUCGUCUUCAAGAUUUCCAGUAGGGUGCGGACGCGGCUCCCCAGCAUGGUGUUCCACUUCGCGGAUGGCGGUGACAUGUGGUUCACGUCAGGGAAGCUGUUUCAGUUUAGUGGCACGACAGCGCGGUUCUCGGUCGAGGGCCAUGGGUCCCACCGGACGGUGAUUGGCGCCGCGCAGCAGGUGAAUGCACGGUUCAUCUUCAACGUCGCUGCAGGGAGGCUGACCUUCGCAGAGGAGCUGUGCAGCAGGGAGGCAGCGUAG